AUGAGAACUCAAGCAGCAAGAGCCUUGUACGCGCUUCUAGCUCUAUCCUCUCUAGGAAGCACAUUAUGUGGCGUCAUAACGGAAAUUGGUAAACCGAUUCAAGAGGCUGGCAAUGUUAUCAAUGAAUUGGGCAGCAAAAUACCCAAUGCCGCAAACAUAGAUUCCGCCCUCAGUAGUGUUAAUACUGUUAAAGAUGCCGCCAAAGAAGUCGUUGAUAAAAUAUCCGAUUUAAAUCCCAUCGAUAAUAUUAUCGGUAUUCCGAGUGAAAUCGGUUUCUUAUAUAAGUUAAUUUCUAUACUCAAGAAACUGAUAUCAUCAGUUAAACUCAACGUCAAUGCAGAGCACGACCAAGUUAAAGUGUCAACUACCGUGGCAGUCGAGUCUAAUGAGACAACGGAAGCUGGUCCACAAGACGAUCAAAGUUCGACUGUUGUUGCUACAGAAAUACCAAAUGAUUCCGUCGCAGCUGAGUCAGCAACACAAAUUCCAGACGAUAUUGCCAAAUAG